AUGCUUAUUCAUUUUUUCUGUUUCAUAAUACCUCGUGUACCUAAUGAAGCACAGCUUGCUGACCCAACGCGAACAACUCUUAUAUCAAAAAUUCAAUAUUGCAAACAUUCUACUAUUGUUUAUUAUGCAGGAACAUUUCAUUUGAUAUUUGUCGAAUUCAAUGAACAUCGUUAUCUUGCUUUUCUUCAACAUAAGUCUACGCCAGCGACGAAUGCAUCAAUAAAAAUUAUUCGUGAACAUCACUGUGCAUCAAUUAAAGAAUUAUUCGAUGAUAAUGUUCAAGCCGUACCACGAUGGCAUCGAGCCAAAUAUUAUCAUGUUCCAUGUCAAAAACAUCCAAAUCUUGUCUGUUUCUAUGAUAAUGAUUAUUUCAUGUGCCUAUGUGACAUUAAUAGACAUGAAAAUUGUUUCAAAUUCGACUAUAAACCUGUUUACAAUUAUUUAGGAUCGAGUCACUGUGAAAAUGAUGAUCAAUACUAUCUAAAUAACGAAACUGGUCCAACAUCAUCAUCAUGUUUUUGCAAAGAAUGUUAUUUUGGUAGUCGAUGCCAAUUUACAACGAAAUGA